AUGUCGACCCCCGCGACCACCGAGCUCACGUACCUCAAGUCGCUCGUGAACGAGCUGAACGAGAAGAUCGCCGUUCUCGAGGGCCAGCAGCCCGCGAAGGAGGGUGUGCGUAUGAUCCUGGUCGGCCCGCCUGGUGCCGGCAAGGGCACGCAGGCGCCCAAGAUUCUGGAGCGCUUCCAGAACAUGGUGUGCCACCUGGCCACGGGUGAUCUGCUGCGCCAGCAGGUGUCUCUCGGCACGGAUCUCGGCAAAUCUGCGAAGAAGAUCAUGGACCAGGGCGGUCUCGUGAGCGACGAGAUCAUGAUCAACAUGAUCAAGGACCAGCUCGAGAACAACCGCGCGUGCCGCAAGGGCUUUGUCCUGGACGGCUUCCCCCGCACGACGCCGCAGGCGGAGAAGCUCGACCAGAUGCUCGAGCAGCGCCACCAGAAGCUGGACCACGUCGUGGAGCUGCAGAUCCCCGACCAGCUGCUGAUCAGCCGCAUCACCGGGCGCCUCGUGCACCCCGGCAGUGGCCGCAGCUACCACAAGGAGUUCAGCCCGCCGAAGAAGCCGAUGACCGACGACGUGACGGGCGAGCCGCUUGUGCAGCGCUCGGACGACAACGAGGAGGCGCUCCGGAAGCGUCUCGUGACCUACCACAAGCAGACGACGGCCGUGACGGAGUACUACAAGAAGCGCGGUAUCUGGUCGCCCAUCGAUGCGACGCAGGCGCCCGGCACGGUGUGGCACUCGAUCAGCGCCGUCUUCGAUGGCGCCCGUGCGUGA